AAAUAAAAUAAAAUGGUUUUGAGUUUGUAAAUACUGCUAGUGGAUCCAAUUGCUUUCGAAUCUGAUUGAGGGUUUUGCAAUCAAAAUAUGGCCGCUGCUGUUCUCUCCUUCCAAUCUAUCUCUCAUUUAUCUUCUUCUUUCCUUUUCAACAAGCUAAGAAAGCCUGUUUCAUCUCCAACAGGUAAUAAGUAUUGCCACAAGCUUUUUAGAUUUUCUUAUCUCUCCUUAUUAAAUUUGAUAGAGAUUGCAGAUAAGUCUACGCCCUUCAUCUCCCUUCAGUUAACUGUUUCAAGCGCAUCUGAUGGGAACAGAAGAGGAAGCCGUCCUAGGAAAAGUUCGGCCUCAGGAAGAAAGGAUGGGGAUGAAAGCAAGAAAUCAUCUGAUGGCAGUAAAGCACCCAACUCAUCCAGUCAGAAAGAGAUAAUUGCUUUGUUUAGAAGGAUACAGUCUUCAAUAUCCGAGGAAGAGACUGCAAGUGCUAAGACUAAAACUAUCAGCUCAUCCAAGAAUAAGUCCAUAGCUGAAUCAGUUUUAGAUCUUCUUCACGAAUCAAGCAAGAACGGGCAAGACACUGACAAGGUAGGGAAUGCAUUGAGAUGGAAAACUGGCGUCUCUAAGAAAAGGCAAGAGAUGGGGGAAAUGGCUGCUGCAGCAACACAGGAUUUCAAGUUAUCAAGGCCACCAUCUAAUUUUGUAAAGAGAUCGCCCAUACCAUAUGCAACAGCCCCCGGAGGAAAGAAUCUUGGGCAGAGCAAUGAAGUGGCUGCGACCAAUGAGGGGUUAAAGUUGGCAAACAUGGAGAAAUUGAAACUUCCAGAGUUGAAAAAACUAGCGAGAGCCAAAGGGAUCAAGGGUUACUCAAGAUUGAAGAAGAUCGAUGGCUGCAAAAAGUUGCUGCAGGGAAUUAGUUGCUGUGAAGUCAUGCAUAACUUCAGGGAGGGAAACACUUGAGCAGAUGCUUUGGCUCGUGACCGCUUUGCAACUUCUGAAUAUUAUGAAAAUCCUUUUGUGUUAUUUCAAAACUCUCCUAUUUUUAUUUUGAACCUGCUUGUCGAUGAUGCAGCAAGGAGAAUUUUGUACAGUAUUAUUUUAUGAUUUUUAUCUAGUUUCAGUUUCCUACCCAAAAAGAAAAACGAGACACUAACAUUAUUGCUUUAUUUUGACACCACCCUACCCUCGUGUUAAGUAAAUUGAACUUUGUCUAAUUAUCUUGCAGCAGCCAUUGAUGAUUUGCUGAUUUAUUUGACAUUACAAAUACGGGAUCCAUUUUGUUCAAUUGAAGAAACAUACAAGUAAAUGAACAUUUUAGCCUCAGGAUCAGUGGGUAACUCUCAAAUGAUAAAGUGCAGGAA